AUUUAAAACGGUGUUUUUCAUGUAACUACAGGCCAGACGCAGGGUUGAGGGACGAGAAGUCGCUUUUAGUGUUCAAUAUUUUGUGAUACAGCCGACGAACCGAACAAGAAAAUGCGUGAAAUUGUACACAUCCAGGCUGGGCAGUGCGGAAACCAGAUCGGAGCCAAGUUCUGGGAGGUGAUCUCCGAUGAGCAUGGUAUCGACCCCACCGGAACAUACCACGGAGACUCCGACCUCCAGCUUGAGAGAAUCAACGUUUACUACAAUGAGGCCACCGGAGGCAAGUACGUACCACGUGCCAUCCUCGUGGAUCUCGAGCCCGGAACCAUGGACUCCGUGAGGUCCGGCCCCUUCGGCCAGAUCUUCCGACCUGACAACUUCGUGUUCGGCCAGAGCGGUGCCGGAAACAACUGGGCCAAGGGUCACUACACAGAGGGCGCUGAGCUCGUUGACUCCGUCCUCGACGUCGUUCGAAAGGAGGCCGAGUCAUGCGACUGUCUUCAGGGAUUCCAACUCACACACUCCCUCGGUGGUGGUACCGGAUCCGGUAUGGGCACACUGCUCAUCAGCAAGAUCCGUGAGGAGUACCCAGACCGCAUCAUGAACACAUUCUCCGUUGUACCAUCACCCAAGGUAUCAGAUACCGUCGUAGAGCCAUACAAUGCCACACUCUCAGUCCACCAGCUCGUUGAGAACACCGACGAGACCUACUGCAUUGACAACGAGGCUCUUUACGAUAUCUGCUUCAGGACCCUGAAACUCACCACCCCCACAUACGGUGACCUGAACCAUCUAGUCUCUGCCACCAUGUCUGGAGUCACCACCUGCCUCCGAUUCCCCGGUCAGCUGAACGCUGAUCUCCGUAAACUGGCCGUCAACAUGGUUCCCUUCCCCCGUCUCCACUUCUUCAUGCCUGGCUUUGCUCCUCUCACAUCUCGCGGUAGCCAGCAGUACAGAGCUCUCACCGUCCCUGAGCUUACUCAGCAGAUGUUCGACGCCAAGAACAUGAUGGCUGCCUGCGACCCACGUCACGGCAGGUACCUCACCGUCGCCACCAUGUUCCGUGGCCGCAUGUCCAUGAAGGAGGUCGAUGAGCAGCUCCUUAACGUCCAGAACAAGAACAGCAGCUACUUUGUUGAAUGGAUCCCCAACAACGUGAAGACCGCUGUCUGCGACAUCCCACCACGUGGUCUGAAGAUGUCCGCCACCUUCAUUGGCAACAGCACCGCCAUCCAGGAGCUGUUCAAGCGCAUCUCCGAGCAGUUCACCGCUAUGUUCCGUCGCAAGGCUUUCCUCCACUGGUACACUGGCGAGGGCAUGGACGAGAUGGAGUUCACCGAGGCCGAGUCGAACAUGAACGACUUGGUGUCCGAGUACCAGCAGUAUCAGGACGCCACCGCCGAGGAGGAGGGAGAGUUCGACGAGGAGGAGGGUGAGGGGGAGGCUGGUGAAGCAUAAACUGGUACCAACGCAACACCAAAGACCAACAAAAACUCUCAACCGUAGUCAAUAACUUUGUUGCAACACACAGGCAGAUCGAUCGCCGAUUUCAGUAUUAAUACAACAAGUAUUCGAUGACGUAACACCAAUCUUUGUUGUGUGCAAUACAAAAUGUGAUAAACGCAUGUAUACAGUAUUUAUUUUGUUUUAAAAAUAAUUAUAUUGAAAUCUCAGGUUUAAUAAAUGUUCACAUUGAUAACAA